GCGUCGUGGUCGCGCGGAGCCGGCUGCGGAGUGUCGAGAGGCAGUUCGGCGAACUGUCUGGCCUUUAGCUCUUCAGCCUUGGUUAAGGAAAUGACCAAUCAGUACGGCAUUCUCUUCAAACAGGAACAAGCCCAUGAUGAUGCCAUCUGGUCAGUUGCCUGGGGGACCAACAGGAAAGAAAAUUCAGAGACGGUGGUCACAGGCUCCCUGGAUGACCUGGUGAAGGUCUGGAAAUGGCAUGAGGAGAGGCUGGACCUGCAGUGGAGUCUGGAGGGGCAUCAGCUGGGGGUGGUGUCCGUGGACAUCAGCAACACCCUGCCCAUUGCCGCCUCCAGCUCUCUCGAUGCGCACAUUCGACUCUGGGACUUGGAAAAUGGCAAACAGAUAAAGUCUAUAGACGCAGGACCUGUGGAUGCCUGGACUCUGGCCUUUUCUCCCGAUUCCCAGUACCUGGCCACAGGAACUCACGUAGGGAAAGUGAACAUUUUUGGCAUGGAAAGUGGGAAAAAGGAAUAUUCUUUGGACACAAGAGGAAAAUUCAUCCUUAGUAUAGCCUAUAGUCCUGACGGGAAGUACCUGGCCAGUGGAGCCAUAGACGGCAUCAUCAACAUUUUCGACAUAGCCACCGGGAAACUUCUGCACACACUGGAAGGCCACGCCAUGCCCAUUCGCUCGUUGACCUUCUCCCCGGAUUCUCAGCUCCUCGUCACCGCUUCAGACGAUGGCUACAUCAAGAUCUAUGAUGUACAACAUGCCAAUUUAGCUGGCACGCUGAGUGGCCACGCAUCCUGGGUGCUGAACGUGGCCUUCUGUCCUGAUGACACUCACUUUGUCUCCAGUUCCUCUGACAAAAGUGUGAAAGUUUGGGAUGUUGGCACGAGGACUUGCAUCCACACCUUCUUUGAUCACCAGGAUCAGGUCUGGGGAGUAAAGUACAAUGGAAAUGGUUCAAAAAUUGUGUCAGUUGGGGAUGACCAGGAAAUUCACAUCUAUGAUUGUCCAAUUUAAAUGGCAGUCUCCAGGCCACUGCUGCACCGAGAACGUGGACUGAUCGUGUGACAUUCCUUACCGUUUCGGGCUUGUUUACAGGAAAGGGGAGUAUCUGUUGUAGUAAAAGCUUCAAUUUUGUAGAUAAUAUAUAUCUUUCCGUGUUCAUGGGAAUGGCUGUUCAUACCUUAGCAUAUUUUCUUAAUGCAAACACCUGGGUUGUUGUGGAACAUGCUUGUUUUCAUGACCCUGCACUGGAAGAAUUGAGAGAGACUUGGCACCACGUCAAAGUGGACUGUCUUCCUUGGAGGUGGAGAGAGCCAGGCACUGACAGGCUACCUGGGAAUGCAGCAGCCAGCUCCCGGGAGCUGAGACCCAGAAACCCUAGCCUCUUUCAGAAUUUGAGCCUGAGUAUUUGCGAGGGAAUGGUCUGUGGUCCUACCUUUCUCUUACAGCCUGUGUGUAUUAAAACAUCCCCUGCCACA